UCCCAUAAAAUACCACUCAGCCAACCCCAAAUUCAUGCCACUCUCCGUUUAGACCUGUAUGAGAACGCCCCCUCCCAAAAAAAAAUCACAAACCCUACGAACCCAAAACUCCAGAGUCCAAAAUAAUACUUUCUAGAACGAGCCACAGGGGAGAGAAAGGUCGUGACUACGCAAUAGAAGUUCAAUUUUGUUGCGUUGCGGAAAAUUCCGUGAUUUUCAAUCACACCGACAAUUUGAAACCCUGUAUCUGUUUAUUUCGGAUUAAGCUAUUAUGGCCCUGCCCACCCUAGUUGCUAGAUAGAUACCUACAUAGAAUGUAAAUUUAUCAGUUCAUUAAACUAAGACUCUCUGCUAUUAUAGGGGAUAUGGCUCUGGCAUUCUGCCCCAUUCGUAUGAUCUUCAUGAAUUAUCAAAUUAAUAAAAAGUUCAACUUUAAAAGCUCACAACUUGUUUUCAGAUUCUCCUGUUCCUUCGCUUUUAUACAAAACCCAUUUGUUUCACUUGUUAAACAUGAAGAGAACUCCACCUUUUCCAACCCUCUUGUGUUCUUACGUGAUUACAUGUUUUCAGGGCAGCGCAGUGUUAGGAACACGCAAAUCUUGCAUGCCCAUUUGACUAAAACUCACGAUUUACAGUCUGAUAUCUUCUUGAUGAACUCUUUGCUUGAUUGGUACUGUAAAUCUGCUGACAUGGUUGUUGCCCACCAGGUGUUUGAUACAAUUGCUCUUCCAAAUCUUGUUUCUUGGAACAUCAUGAUAUCUGGUUGUGACUAUAAUUCAAUGUUUGAGAAGUCAUUUGAGAUGUUUUGUAGGAUGCAUAUGCUUGGUGUUGAGCCUGACGAGUUCAGUUAUGGGAGUGUUCUUUCGGCCUGUCGUGCUUUGCGAGCUUCAGUAUUUGGCAAGCAAAUUUAUUCACUUGUGCUGAAGAAUGGUUUUGUUUCCAGUGGUUAUGUUCAGACUCGAAUGAUGGAUUUGUUUUCCAAAAAUUGUAACUUCAAGGAGGCUUUAAGGUUUUUCUAUGAUGCUUCCAGUGAUAAUGUGGCCUGUUGGAAUGCUAUCACUUCGUUGGCAGUUAAAAGUGGAGAGAGCUGGGUUGCUUUGGAUCUAUUUCGUCAAAUGCGCCAUGAAUCUCUAAUGCCAAAUAGUUAUACAUUUCCAAGCAUCUUAACUGCAUGUUGUGUGGUUAAAGAGAUGCAUGUUGGGAGAGGUGUUCAUGGGUUGACAAUCAAAUGUGGUGCAACAGAUGUCUUUGUGGAGACUGCUAUUGUUGAUUUAUAUGUGAAAUUUGGAUGUAUGGAUGAAGCUUUUAGACAAUUCUCCCAGAUGAAAGUUCAUAAUGUGGUUUCCUGGACUGCUAUGAUUUCUGGGUUUGUGCAAGAGGAUGAUAUUAUUUUUGCACUAAAGCUUUUCAAAAAUAUGAGAGCUAUAGGGAUGGAGAUAAAUAGCUAUACUGUUACUAGUGUACUUUCUGCAUGUGCUAAACCAGGGAUGAUUAAGGAGGCCGGGGAAAUUCAUUCCUUGGUAUUAAAAUUAGGGUUGAAUAUGGAUGCCAAGGUUGGGGCAGCUUUAGUCAACAUGUAUGCAAAAAUAGGAGAAGUUGGACUAUCUGAGUUAGCCUUCAGUGAGAUGAAAAACAUAAAGGAUCAUUGCAUAUGGGCAGCCAUGUUGUCUUCUUCUGCUCAGAACCUAAAUUUUGGAAGGGCAGUAGGAUUAUUCCAUGAUAUGUUACGAGAAGGAGUGAAACCUGAUGAGUAUUGUAUUAGUAGUGUGUUAAGUAUUAUGAGCUGCUUAAGUCUAGGGUCACAGAUACAUGGCUAUGCCUUGAAGUCUGGCUUAGACACUGAUGUUUCUACAGGCUGUUCACUUUUUACCAUGUACUCAAAGUGUGGUUGUUUAGAGGAAUCUUAUAAAGGUUUUCAGCAACUUCCUGUCAAAGACAACGUCUCAUGGGCCUCCAUGAUUUCUGGUUUCGCAGAGCAUGGAUGUGCAGAUCGAGCACUUCAGUUAUUUAAAGAGAUGCUAUAUCAAGAAAAUGUGCCUGAUAGCAUUACCUUAAUCUCAAUUCUAACUGCAUGUUCUGAUCUUGGUUUCUUAAAAACAGGUAAAGAAAUUCAUGGUUAUGCUUUCUGUUUAGGAAUGGGAACAGACAUAGUUGUUGGUGGUGCACUUGUAAACAUGUAUUCUAAAUGUGGAAACUUGAAUUUGGCAAGGACAGUGUUUGAUAAGCUUCCCAAAAAGGAUGCCUUUGCUUGCUCUUCCUUGGUCUCGGGAUAUGCCCAAAAGGGUCUAAUUGAAGAGUCAUUCUUGUUAUUCCAUGAUAUGCUUUUGACUAAUGUAACAGUUGAUACCUUCACAAUUUCAUCCAUUCUUAGUGCUGCUGCAGUUUUAUAUCGAUCAGACAUUGGAACUCAACUGCAUGCCUACAUUGGGAAAUUGGGCUUACAAGCAGAUGUAUCUGUGGGUAGUUCGCUAGUGACAAUGUACUCAAAAUGUGGAAGUCUUGAGGAUUGCCAGAAAGCAUUUGAUGAUGCUGAGAAGCCUGAUCUGAUAGGUUGGACAUCAAUCAUAGUGAGCUAUGCUCAACAUGGUAAAGGUGCAGAGGCCUUAGCUGCUUAUGAACUUAUGAGAAGAGAAGGCAUCCAACCUGAUGCAGUAACUUUUGUUGGGAUUCUAGUAGCAUGUAGUCAUAGUGGGCUGGUUGAAGAAGCUUUCUUCUAUCUUAAUUCAAUGUGUAAAGACUACAAUAUUAAGCCAGGACAUCGUCAUUAUGCUUGUCUUGUUGAUCUUCUUGGUCGAUCAGGUAGACUGAGGGAAGCUGAAAGUUUCAUUAACAUGAUGCCCUUUGAGCCUGAUGCUUUAAUAUGGGGAACUUUGCUUGCUGCUUGCAAGGUCCAUGGUGAUUUUGAGAUUGGCAUGUUAGCAGCCAAAAAGAUAUUGGAAUUGGGGCCAAGUGAUGCUGGAGCGUAUGUGUCAUUUUCAAACAUCUGUGCAGAUGUAGGACAGUGGGAAGAAGUCACAAAGAUUAGAAGCUUGUUGACGGGAACUGGGAUGAAGAAAGAGGCUGGUUGGAGCCUUUUGUGAAGAGCUACAAUGUCAUGAUUGGUGACUCUUAAUAGCUACUAAUCCAAUCUCUUGGAUUCCAUCCUUGGUAAAAGAAUAGUGAGUUUGACAUCUAAAGGCUAGUUUCAAGUUCAUCAAGAUUCAAGACGACAAUGAUUCUGAAUGGUGGUAGAUGCACAAUUAUCAUCUAAUGAAAUGUUAAAAUCCAUUGAUACAGCCAUAACGCUAUACUGAAUUGUAAGUACUUGCACACUCCAGCUGCAUAAAUAUGCAAUGAGACAUGACUUUUGCAUUUGUAUCCCAAUUCCUAACCAAUUUCUAUAUUUGGGGAUGGACCAGAAAAAAAAAACAAAAAGAGGAUGAGUGUUGGUUCACGAAAUUAUUUCCAUGGGGAUUAGACAUAGUGCUUCCACUGAUAUUCUCUGCUUCUCCAUUCCCUGAGCUAAAAUUUCAAUUUUCAAUACAUAAAAAUUUUGGGAUUGUCUAAAGUUGAAGGCUUUUGGGUCUGAUCCAUUGGGAUCAUCAUCAUCAGAAUCAGAGUCACAUGGCCAAGCCAGGGGUGUUGGAGUCUGAUCCAGGCCCAGGGGUGAUGGUGAAGAAGGCCAUAGAGCUGAAGAGGGAACUGCAGAGGCUGGUGAAAUCUAUUUUAGAUGAUCAAGCAAGAGACACUCUCUGUGUUCUCAAGGAGUUGAAGCUCAGAAAAAGGUCUUCACUGUCUUUGAAGCUGCACAAUAAGAGAGUCACCUCUUGCCCUGAUGAAUUCAAGUGUCCACUUUCCAAGGAGUUGAUGAGAGUCCUGUCAUUGUGGCUUCUGAUCAGAUCAAGUGUUAUAUGUGGCAGCAGCUUUUGGAGCUCCAACAUUGUCUUGAGAAGGGAGCUAUGCGCAAAGGUUUGAUCUUGUUAGUAGAUUGAAUAAAGGUGCUAAAAAUUUCAGAUUUUGGACUGACAAUUCUUCUGCUAUUAAACCUGAAGGGCCUUUUAAAAAUUGAGUGGUAGCACUUUGGUAUAGGGCUCCUAAACUUCUUCUACGUUCAAUAGAUUGUAGAUAUGCAAUUGAUCUCUCAAGUGCAUGAUGCUUGUUGGCUUGAGAUGUUUCUUGGAAGACCAAUUAUGCUCAUGAGGACGGAGGUAAAACUAGAUUUGAACUUUAUCAAAGUAAUAAAAGUUUAGCUUGGACAUAUAUAAAUGAUGAACUUGAAGUUGCUUUGUAUCUAAAGUGUGAGACUUAAGGGCAUGGAAGCUUGUUUUUGAGACACUUUGGAAGGUGGGGUUUGGUGGUAAUGCAGUUCAGGCAGGGAGUUUGGAUGCGGACAAGUCAAAGAAAAAGGAGGAUGGUGGAAAGGAAAGAAAAUGGUGGUUUAGAUUUAGCUUCUUUGGGAGUUGCAUAUCUUCAAGAUCAAAAGUUGAUAGCACCACAAGUAGCACUAAUUAUUAUGGUUAUUUUUGUACUAAUUAUUAUCUUUGGCACUAAUUCAUUGAAAUAUUUGUCACUUGACAUCUAUUUUGGGUGUUCAGAAAUGGUUUUUUGUAUUUACUAUUUUUGUUACAUGAUCUAUGACCUAUCCCCACCUAUUUUGGUGUUUUAAGAAACUACAUGAAUUCUGAGUUUCCUGGAACAAAAGUGAUGUGGAUUAUUAUUGUGUAUUUGUGUCGAGGAAGUUGGA